AUGGAAUCUAUACACCAACAAACUGCAGAAACUAAACCUAAAAAUGAAAGUGUACAGCUGAUACUACUACCGGAUAUAACCGAAGAGUCAAGAGUAGCCCACGAAAAGUUAUCAGAAGAUGUUUUGGGAGGCAAUAUAAAACCCAUGGAUGAGAAGUGUUUGCAUUGUCUGUGUAAAACCAUUAACGAUUGCCAGCCGAUAAAAUGUUCGAAAAAUUAUACAUGUGGUAUAUUUGAAAUUUCACACAACUAUUGGUUAGACAGUGGCAAAAUUGUAUUACAAGGCACGUCAAAUUACUAUACCGGCAAUGAAGGCGAGUUUAAAGAUUAUCUGCAAUGUGUCAAUGAUGACGUAUGUUCCCGUCAAACUGUAAUUAAUUAUAUGCAACGCUACCGAGCUGAUUGUAACGAUGAUGGUAUCAUCAACUGUUAUGAUUAUAUUUCACUUCACUUGCUGGGUCCAAAGGGUUGUGGGAGUAAAUCGAUUUCACUUUAUCAUAAAAUGCGUAUGAAUUUAUGCCUAAUGAAUUAG